AUGUUCACUCUUCAUAAGUUGAUCCUCGUUCUAUUUCUCUUCACCUUCACCGUAAUAUACCUUCACAAUUGGUGCUCGAGAAAUUCUCCGGCCCGGAAAAUUAACCGCCUGCCAUCUCCGACAGGACUUCCGGUGAUCGGAAACCUCCACCAGCUGGGGAAUUUCCCUCACCGUUCGCUACAGUCUUUUUCGACAAGUUGGGGUCACGAGUUAUUGUUGCUUCAUCUCGGUCGUGUGCCGGUGCUUCUUGUCUCGUCGGCAGAUGACGCACGUGAAGUAAUGAAAAACCAGGACACAAUAUUCUCAAAUCGGCCCAAGUUAAGCUUGCCCAAUAAGCUCAUGUACGGUUCGCGUGGCGUGGCCUCUACUGCUUACGGCGAAUAUGGGAGACAAGUGAGAAGCAUAUGUGUGAGCCAACUCUUGAGAAACGAAAGAGUUCGAUCUUUUCGUCCCGUGAGAGAACAAGAAACUUCAUCUAUGGUCGACAAAAUCAGGCGAUCGGGACCUUCCGUUAUCAACUUGACCGAUCUACUCGUCUCGCUCACGAACGAUGUCAUUUGCAGGGUGGCCUUGGGUAGAAAAUACGGUGUCCAUGAAGACGGUCAAGAUAGAAAGUUCAAGAAACUUCUGCAAGAGUUCAACGAGCUAUUCGGUGGCACGAGCUGGGGGGAUUAUGCACCAUGGUUGGGUUGGAUUAAUCGUGUUAACGGUGUGGACGAAAAAGUGGAGAGAGUUUCAAAACAGUGUGACGAGUUCUUGGAACAUAAAGAUCGUCUCGCGAGAAAACAUGAAAAUGGCGGGUCGGAUUUUGUCGAUAUAUUGCUCGAGUUUCAGAGAGAGGACGUAAGAGUUAGUAGCUCACCAGUUGAUAAUGAUACAAUCAAGGCUCUCAUCUUGGACAUGUUUGCCGCAGGAACCGACACCACGGUCAUAGCUCUCGAGUGGGCAAUGGCGGAGCUCAUAAAGAAUCCAAGAACUAUGAAAACCUUGCAGAACGAAGAGUCCCUAAGGCUACACCCACCCGGCCCGUUACUCAUCCCUCGCGAAUCGACUCGGGACACAAAAGUGAUGGGCUACGACAUAUCCUCAGGCACGCAAGUCUUGAUCAACGUGUGGGCCAUCGCUAGGGACCCGACAUCGUGGGAAGAUCCCGAAGAAUUUCGUCCCGAGAGGUUCUUGGACUCGGGGGUCGACUUCAGAGGACAACAUUUUGAGUACAUCCCGUUUGGCGCGGGUCGGAGGGGAUGUCCCGGGACUUCGUUCGCGGUGGCAGUUAACAAGCUAGGGCUAGCCAAGUUGGUGCACCAUUUCAACUUUGCACUGGCAAAUGGAGAAAAAGAGGAGGAUUUGGACAUGACCCGGAAAAUUAACCGGCCGCCGUCUCCGAGAGGUCUUCCGGUCAUCGGAAACCUCCACCAGCUCGGCGGAAAGUCCCCUCACCGGUCACUACAGUCUUUAUCGAGACGAUAUGGUCACGAGCUGAUGUUGCUUCAUCUCGGGCGCGUGCCCGUGCUUCUUGUCUCGUCGGCUAAAGGCGCGCGGGAGAUAAUGAAAAAUCAGGACCUUAUUUUCUCAAACAGGCCAAAAUUAAGCAUUCCGAGACGGCUAUUGUACGGUUCAAAGGACGUGGCUUUUGCUCCUUACGGGGAAUACUGGAGACAGGUUAGAAGCAUAUGUGUGCUCCAGCUGCUGAGCAACAACAGGGUUCAAUCUUUUCGUCGUGUGCGUGAGCAAGAGACCUCGUUCAUGGUCGAAAAAAUCCAGCGUUUGGGAUCUUCAUUGUCAGCCGUGAACGUGAGCGACAUUCUGGUCACACUCACGAACGAUGUCUUUUGCAGGGUGGCCUUAGGUAGAACAUACAAUAAACGUGAAGAUAACAAAUUCCAGAAGUUUCUAAAAGAGUUUGUGCAUUUACUGGGUACGACAAGCUUGGGGGAUUAUAUACCGUGGUUGGGUUGGGUUAAUCGUGUCAAUGGCUUGGACACAAAAGUCGAGAGAGUUGCUAAGCUUAUCGACGACUUCUUCGAGAACGUGAUUCAAGAACAUAGAGAUCAAGGGAGAAAACACGAUUAUGAAGACGGUGAACUAGAUUUCGUGGACAUAUUGCUCGAGUUUCAGAGACAGAAUAUAGAAAGUAGCUCGCCUGUCGGAGAUGAUACGAUCAAGGCUAUCAUCAUGGACAUGUUUGCUGCAGGGACCGAUACAACGGUCUCAUCUAUGGAGUGGGCAAUAGCGGAGCUUAUAAAGAACCCAAGAACAAUGAAAACUCUACAAAACGAAGUGAAACAAGUAGUGAAAGGUAAGAAAGAGAUAAACGAGGAUGAUCUAGAGAAAAUGACGUACCUAAAAGCAGUUAUCAAGGAGUCCUUGAGAUUGCAUUUGCCUGUCCCGUUACUCAUACCUCGUGAAUCCACUCAUGACACGAAAGUCAUGGGCUAUGACAUAUCUGCCGGAACACAGGUCGUGGUAAACGCAUGGGCCAUCGCUCGGGACCCGGCUUAUUGGGAAGAUCCCGAAGAAUUUCGACCCGAGAGGUUCUUGAACUCGGAGGUUGACUUCAAAGGUCAACAUUUCGAGUUCAUCCCGUUUAGCGCCGGCCGGCGGGGUUGCCCUGGGACUGCAUUCGCUGUGGCUGUUAACGAGCUAGGGCUAGCCAAGUUGGUCCAUCAUUUCACCUUUGCACUGCCAAAUGGAGAAAAGGAAGAGAAUUUGGACAUGAGUGAGGGAACAGGAAUAACAAUUCAUAAAAGGCUUCCUUUACUUCUAAUCCCUUAUACAUAUAAUUCUUAA